GCGGCGGCGGCGGCGGCGGCGGCGGCGGUGGCGAAGGGGCUUUUUACCCGCAGUUGCCCGGCUGCGGCUGCCGCGGCGGGAUGGUGUAGCCGGGCCUCCGGCUAGGCGGCAGAACGCGGGCCGGGGCAAGGCGGCCUGCAGGGCCGACGCCGCCUGACGGGCUCGGGUACAGGGGCAGCACGCUGAGGGGGCGUCGCCGCCGCCGGCCCCCGGCGCCGCCGCGGGAGGCCGCGCCCGCCAUGGCGGCCCGGGCGGUACUGGACGAGUUCACGGCGCCCGCCGAGAAGGCGGCGCUGCUGGAACGGAGCCGCGGCCGCAUCGAGGGCCUGUUCGGCGUGAGCCUGGCCGUGCUUGGCGCGCUCGGGGCUGAGGAACCGCUCCCUGCGCGCAUCUGGCUGCAGCUCCGCGGGGCGCAAGAGGCGGUGCACAGCGCCAAGGAAUAUAUUAAAGGAAUCUGUGAACCCGAACUAGAAGAAAGAGAAUGUUACCCCAAGGCCAUGCACUGCAUUUUUGUUGGGGCACAGAGCCUGUUUCUGAAAAGCUUGAUUCAGGACACCUGUGCCGAUCUCUGCAUUCUCGACAUCGGUCUUCUUGGCAUCAGAGGAAGUGCCGAAGCUGUGGUCAUGGCUAGGAGUCACAUUCAGCAGUUUGUAAAGCUCUUCGAGAAUAAUGAGAACCUACCCAACAGCCAAAAAGAAUCAGAGGUAAAAAGGGAAUUUAAACAAUUUGUUGAAGCUCGUGCAGACAGUUACACAAUGGACUUGCUGAUUUUACCCACUUCCUUGAAAAAAGAACUUUUGGCACUCACCCAAGGUGAGGAGAAUCUAUUUGAAACAGCAGAUGAUGAUGUAAUUGAAAUUACAGAUUCUAAACAAACAGAGUUUACACAGAAUGCUGCCACAGGGCUGAAUAUUUCCAGAGAUGAAAUUGUUUUGCAGGAAGAGGCAAGAAAUAAAGCUGGGACUCCUGUUUCUGAGCUUACAAAACAAAUGGACACAGUCUUUUCUAGUUCACAAGAUGUACUUUUUGUUCCGAUAAAUGGUGUAAUGCCAGAUGAAGAGGCGCUUUCCAAAGACAGAGUUUGUCACAAAAGGAGGUUUUCUGAUUCUGAAGAAAGGCAUACCAAGAAACAGUUUUCUUUGGAAAAUGUUCAAGAGGGAGAGCUUUUACGUGAUGGUAAGACAUUAGCUGGAAGUGUAAUCAUUGACCUAUCUGAUUCUUCUACUGAUGCCGAAAAUUUAAGUCCAGAUGUAAAAGACACUACUGAGGAAAUGGAAUACAACAUCCUUGUAAACUUUUUUAAAACCAUGGGCUAUUCCCAAGAAAUUGUAGAAAAGGUCAUUAGGGAGUAUGGGCCAUCUACUGAACCAUUAUUACUCUUGGAGGAAAUUGAAAAGGAAAAUAAAAGAUUCCAAGAAGACAGAGAAUUUCCACCUGGUACUGUGUAUCCAGAGACCAACAGAACCAAAAAUAAAGGUGUUUGUGGCAGCAUAAAUGAGCUUACGGCAGAUUCCACUCCAAAGAAAACACAGACUCACACACAGCAAAAUAUGGUAGAAAAUUUUUCUCAGUUACCAUUCAAAGUAGAAUCGAAAUCAUGUACCUCAAAUUGCAAAAUUAAUACUUUCAGAACAGUGCCAAUAGAACAGAAACAAGAAAUCUGGAGUUCAAAUCAGAACUACAUUUGUAAUAUAGACCUUGAAACUGAUGGCCUUUUACCCUCUCUAGCCCCUUCAAGUCCCAAAGAAAUUGUCAAUUUUGUUUCAAGAGGAGCUUCAAGUCACCAGCCCAGAGUUCCAGUUUUUCCUGAAAAUGGUGUGCGGCAGCAAGCAGAACCCUUGCUUCCAAAUAAUAUGAAGUCUGCCUGUGAAAACCGCUCGAGGUGUUGUACCUCUCCUCAGUCUAAGCCAAAUUGUCCACCCCUUUCUCCACCAAUGCCGCUGCCCCAGCUGUUACCUUCAGUUACUGAUGCAAGGUUGGCAGGACCUUCUGAGCAUAUCGAUUCCUCAGUUACUGGGGUUCAAAGAUUUCGAGAUACUCUGAAAGUGCCCUACAAGCUGGAAUUAAAAAAUGAACCAGGGAGGAUGGAUUUGAAGCACAUUGUUAUAGAUGGGAGCAAUGUUGCAAUUACCCAUGGUCUGAAAAAGUUCUUUUCUUGUCGUGGAAUUGCGAUUGCGGUUGAGUAUUUUUGGAAGCUUGGCAACAGAAACAUCACUGUAUUUGUCCCGCAGUGGAGAACAAGGCGUGAUCCUAAUGUCACAGAACAGCACUUCUUAACCCAGCUCCAGGAGCUCGGAAUAUUAUCUUUAACUCCUGCACGGAUGGUCUUUGGAGAAAGAAUUGCUUCUCAUGAUGACAGGUUUCUACUACACUUAGCGGACAAAACUGGUGGCAUAAUUGUAACAAAUGAUAACUUCAGAGAAUUUGUGACUGAGUCAGCCUCUUGGAGAGAAAUAAUUACAAAAAGAUUGCUCCAGUAUACCUUUGUGGGGGACAUAUUUAUGGUUCCUGAUGAUCCUCUGGGAAGAAGUGGACCUCGGUUAGAAGAAUUUCUUCGGAAGGAAGUCUUCCUUAGAGAUAUGCAGCCUCUACUCAAUGCCCUGCCAAAUGUGGGCAUGUUUGACCCCAGCUUCAGAGUCCCUGGCACCCAGGCAGCCAGCACCGGCCACCAGCCUCCAGCCCGGAUUCAGGGCACCCCACCCAGCCACUGGCUUCCUCAGCAACCCCGCUUCCCACUUUUGCCAAACCUUCCCAGCAUCCAGCAGAAUCUGCCCAUGCCAGCACAGAGAUCUUCUGCGGAAACCAACGAGCUAAGGGAAGCCCUUCUGAAGAUCUUCCCUGACUCAGAGCAAAGACUGAAAAUCGACCAGAUCUUGGCAGCUCAUCCGUACAUGAAAGACCUGAACGCGCUUUCCGCCAUGGUGUUGGACUGAAGGCCGUCGGGAACUGGGGCUCUGGGCUGAAGAUGCACUCAAGCUAGUAUCUGCACAUGGCAGCAGGAAGUGACAUAAUGUGAAGAAACCAAUUUCCCAGUGGAAAUGCUGUUGUAGUGUAUAGAAAAAAAACAGAUGUUUUGUGUAUAAAAAAAUCUGGGUUUUCAAAACCAGCUUUUUUCUAUAUAUAAAUUAUGCUGCUAUUACAGAUUUAACAUUUUCUGUAAAAGGAAAGUCUACAUUUUCUGCCUGUUCAGAACUGUUUAAUAGCAGUUACUCUUGAGUGUACUUACAUUUUUAUGUUUUUUAAACUAUUUUCCUUAACGCUGAAAAUAUUGACAAAUGGAUAUGAUUAGCCUUUCUAAAUAAAAAAAGAGUUGCUUUCUUAGGGAAAGCAAGACCUCUUAUAUUUUCUUGAGAUGACUAUGUCACAUCCGCUAACAUGAAGUGUGCUCACCCCUCCCAGCCUCCUCUGCCCUCACCCCUGGAAUUAGAGUCCCUGGGAGUUCAUUUUGCUCCUCUGGGGUCUUUCAUUGGAGCCAUUUGUGAGAGUGAACAAGUGGUGCCGCUAGAUGGCACCUUGUGCCUAGCCAUUGUUAAUGACCAGGGCAAAGUUAGACGCACAGAACAUCCAGGCCGGAAGAAACUUGAGAGCUCACAUAGUCCAGCCCUUCCUCCCUUCCCGCCCUGCAGAAGAGGGAACUGAGGCUCGGAGUGCCCUCUGUCUGGACGCGCCCAAGUCCACAGCCGUGGACCGGAUUCCUCGUCCUGGGCUCAGACACACUCAUCAGCCAGUCCCUGACUGACUCUAGAAGUCACGUAUUAGCUUCUGAAGAUACUAGUGGGAUGUGAGGAAGUUUAGUGAAGAGCCCCAUCAUUAUAGUAAUUUUGUGUCCACAACCUUGGGAGACCUCCCCCUGCCAUGUGAAGUUUCUGCAGCUUUGCC